AUGAAUUGCUUAAGUUGUUGUUUAAGUCUUGAUUAUAAAGAAGGUAACUCAAGAAACAUUGAUCAAGGAGAAAGUGUAAAAGUAGUGACAAACCAAUAUUCUAAAAUGGGUAAUGACGUAGAAGAAGAUUUUUCGAAAGUUGAAUUACAACCAGAUCAAUUUAAUGGAUUAAUUGGAAAUAUUGCUGGAAAUUUUAUUCGUGAUAAAGUUGGAGGAGGUGCUGGAGAUAUUUUAGGUGGUUUAGCUGGAAAUUUUUUAUCCGGAGGAGGAGGAAACAGUGGUGGAAAUGACUUUGGUAAUAUAAUUGGAGGACUUAUAGGUGGUGGAGGUGGUAACAGUGGUGGUAAUCGUGAUUCUGGAGGUAACAGUGGUAAAGGUUCAUCUAGUAAUCAUGGUAAUAAUGAUUUAAGUAAUUUAUUAGGAGAUUUAUUAAGAAAUGGUUUAAAUAAUAGGGGUAGUGAUUAUGAUGGAAAUUCAGGAAAUAGUGGUAAUGACAAUGAAAAAACUAGGAAACGUGAUAAAAUCUCCUCGUUUAUUGGAGAUAUUUUUAACGGAGGUUCUAAAAAAAAUGAUAAUAAUUCUAAUAAUACUGGUUUUGGAAGUGGUGGCUUCAAUACGAAUGAUUUAAGUAUGAUUAUAAAUUUAAUUAAUAGUGUUGGUGGUGGUGGUAAAGGAGGUUUAGAUGUUGGAAACCUUAUUGGAUCUUUAAUCGGUGGUGGUGGCGGAAAUCGCGGUGGAUUCAGUGGCGGAGGUGGUAACAUAAAAUCCAAUGCUCUAAGAGGUGGUGUUGUUAAUUUACUUGGUGAUUUAGUUGGAAUGGCUGGACACAAAUUUUUAAAUAUUGACCCUGCUACUGGAAAAAUGAUAGGAUCAAUUGCUGGAAAUAUUCUUUUUGAUCUUGGAGGUAAAGAUAAUUCUUUAUCAAAUAUUGGAAAAAUUGUUUUGGAUAAUAUUAUUUCUGGAAAUUAUAAAAGAGAUGUUGAUCCAUAUGUACCACCAUCUCCAAGAGGAGGCGGUUCUGCUCCAUCACCUUAUGACUCAGCUGGUGGAAUUGAUUUUUAUGCUGAACGUGAUAGAUGUCUAGAACAAAAGAUUCUUUUUGAAGAUCCUGAAUUUUUAGCUGAAGAUUCUUCCUUAUUCUUUUCAAAAAGACCAGACAAAAAAGUUGAUUGGUUACGUCCAGGAGAAAUUGUAAAAGAUCCACAAUUAAUUAUUAAUAAUCAAUCAAGAUUUGAUGUAAUUCAAGGAGAACUUGGAGAUUGUUGGCUUCUUGCUGCAGCUGCUUGUUUAACAUUAAGAGAUGAAUUGUUUUACAGAGUUGUCCCACCAGAUCAAAGUUUCACUGAUAAUUAUGCUGGAAUUUUCCAUUUCCAAUUUUGGCAUUAUGGUCGUUGGGUUGAUGUUGUCAUUGAUGAUCGUCUCCCAACUCAUAAUGGAGAAUUACUCUAUAUGCAUUCUAAAGAUAACAAUGAAUUUUGGAGUGCUCUUUUAGAGAAAGCUUAUGCAAAACUUCAUGGAAGUUAUGAAUCUCUUAAAGGUGGUACUACAUCAGAGGCACUUGAAGAUUUUACUGGUGGUUUAACUGAAUUUGUUGAUAUAAAUAAUCCACCCAAAAAUUUACUUCAAAUGAUUAUGACUGGUUUUGAAUUGGGAUCACUUUUUGGAUGUUCAAUUGAAGCUGAUCCAUACAGUUGGGAAGCUAGAUUACCAAAUGGAUUAAUUAAAGGACAUGCUUAUUCUAUUACAGCAUGUAGAAUGGUUAAUGGACCAGGAGGACAAACAUGUAUACUUCGUAUUCGUAAUCCAUGGGGUAAUGAAUCUGAAUGGAAUGGUGCUUGGUCUGAUGGAUCCAGUGAAUGGGAUUAUGUUGGUGAAAGCCAAAGAAGAGAAAUGGGAUUAAAGUUUGAAACUGAUGGAGAAUUUUGGAUGUCAUUUGAUGACUUUAUGAGAAACUUUGAAAAAAUGGAAAUUUGUAAUCUUGGUCCAGAUGUUAUGGAUGAGAUUGCAAGCAUGACAGGUGUUCAAACUUCAACACCAAAAUGGUCACCAAUAGUUCAUGAGGGUCAAUGGAUUGCAAAUGAAACUGCCGGUGGUUGUAGAAAUUAUCUUCGCACAUUUCCAUUGAAUCCACAGUAUAGAAUACAAUUAACUGAUUCUGAUCCUGAUGAUGAUGAUGAUUUAUGCACAGUUAUCGUUGCUGUGAUGCAAAAAUACAGAAGAGAAUUAAGACACAAAGGAUUAGAUAAUUUAGCAAUCGGCUUUGCUAUUUAUGAUGCUGGACGUAUUGAUGGAAGACUUAGUCAAGAUUUCUUUGCAGCAAACAAAUCCUGUGCCCGUUCACCGUCUUUCAUCAACCUUCGCGAGAUGACUGCUCGAUUCCGUGUACCUCCAGGAAAUUACGUUAUUGUUCCAUCUACUUUUGAACCAAAUGAAGAGGCUAGUUUCAUGCUUAGAGUUUUUACAAAUGGAUUUAUUGAAAGCGAAGAAUUAUAA